AUGCCUCCAGACAUGUUUGAUGAGAUUGUCCAGAGGCUGACCCCAAGGCUAACCAAGCAAACUACCAACUUCAGAGUUCCCCUGGAUCCUGGUAUGAAAGUUGCCAUAACCCUUCGUCACCUGGCAUCUGGAGCCAAGUACCAUGACAUGCAGUAUGCCUGGAGGGUCCCCCACAACACCAUCAGCAAAGUUGUUAGAGAAGUCUGCGAGGCCAUCAUAGAAGAGUACCUUGAAGAGCAAAUGUCACCUCCAACCACUGAAGAAGGCUGGCGUCAACUGUUAGAUGACUGGUACCAGAGAUGGAACUUCCCUCACGUAGUGGGGGCAGUUGAUGGCAAACAUGUGGCAUGCAAAGCUCCCCCUAAUUCUGGAUCAGAGUACUACAAUUACAAAGGCUUCUUCAGUGUGAUCCUGUUUGCCAUGGUGACAUCUGAUUACAAGGUCCUGUGGGUGGACGUGUCUGGUAAUGGCUCAGCUUCAGAUCUUCAACAACAGUGA